AUGGUCGAACAGGCAGAGGAGCAGUGGAGGAAGGCGGCUGAUGGUAAGCGGAUGGCCGAAGCAGAAGCCAAGAGGAGACGAGCUGAAGAGAGGCAACGGCGCCGUGAUGGCGACCCCGAUCCUAUCGUCUCUUUCCCGGGAACAGGAGACAUACGUCAAGCAUGGGAGCGUGGGGCACGAGCCGCUGCAAGGGCACACGCGGGAGAGGCAGGAGGAGAGGAGCUCGCCAGCAAUGUGCGGCAGCAUAUCGAGGAGGAUACGGGAUACGUGAAAGUUCGCUUGCCCAGCGUAAAGCGGAAGGCGGCUGAAGAGGCCCGGAGAGGGGACGUCGACGUGCCAGAGAAUUCGGGAGAGGCGAAAAAGAAGGCGCAGAGCAACGCGGGUGCAAAGGCUCAUAAGAUGGCGGAGGUAGAGGCGCACCAGAAAGCAGAGGAUGCGGCCCAUCGGUUCGUCGAUGCAGAAGCGGCACUUACGGCAGGGGACGGGGCGCCAAAGAAAGCAGAGGCUGCGGCGCAGCAGAAGGUGGGUGCAGAGGCGGUCAAGAGUGCGGAGGCAGUUGCGCGUAAAGAAGCGGGUGCAGCAGCAGAGCUGACGUCGGACCUUCGCAUUGCGCCCAACUUUUUUGGGCGAAAUUCUCUGGGCCGUUGA